AGCACGCUAAAUAUAUUAAAAUGAGCCUUAGGCACGACUGGUCGGUCCGGCCCGACACGAAAGCAUGUGGGCUUAGACCGGCCUGGGCCCUAUUUUGAGAUUUUUAGCCCGGCACAACGCAACGUGGUCUGGCGUGGCCUGACCCAUGACCCGUGUGAUCGGCCCAAAGCCCGAAGCGACCCGACCCACAACCAUCUUUAAUAGGAGUUGGCGAGUCACAUAACACAUUCCACGUGAAGGAAACUUAAACAAACCUUUUUCUUUUACUAUAAUAUAGCCCAAUUAAUUUUCAGUAGCCACACCAGAACCACAAUUCCGACUUCCUUCCCCAAAUCCCUUUCAGUCUGAGCUCACAAUGGAAGAAGAUUUAAAGGCCAACCUCGCAACAGAAACUACUGGCAAACCAAUCAUCUGCAAAGCUGCAGUAUGUAGGAAAGCAGGGGAAGCAUUAGUAAUAGAGGAUAUCGAGGUUGCACCACCUAAAGCUUGGGAAGUUCGAAUCAAAAUACUAUGUACUUCUCUUUGUCAUACUGAUCUCUCCUUCUGGAAGUUGGAUUUAGGACCAAUUGCUGCAUUUCCAAGGAUAUUUGGGCAUGAGGCAGUCGGGAUAGUUGAGAGUGUAGGAGAGCAUGUGGAAGAAGUAAGUGAAGGAGACACAGUUGUGCCAGUAUUCUUCCCAGAAUGUGGAGAUUGUAGAGAUUGCAAAUCCUCCAAAAGCAAUGUAUGCACCAAAUUUGUCAACAAAUACUACAACGCCAUGCCAAGGGAUGAAGUUGGUAGGUUUAAGGACAUGUUUGGGGAGCCAAUUCAUCACUUUGUACACGUCUCGAGCUUUUCUGAGUACACUGUUGUGGAUAUUACACAAGUGGUUAAGAUCAGCCCUCAAUUGCCUGUUGAAAAAGCUUGUUUGCUUAGUUGUGGUGUUGCUACAGGAAUAGGAGCUGUGUGGAAGGUGGCUCGAGUAGAGGAAGGCUCUAUAGUGGCUAUUUUUGGACUUGGAGCUGUUGGACUCGCGGCGGUUCAAACAGCAAAACUACAAGGAGCGUCGAUGAUCAUUGGAGUAGACUCUAACCCUGAAAAAGAGGAUAUAGGGAAGAGAUUUGGGAUUACUAAUUUUAUUGAUCCAAAAUCUUGUGGAGAGAAAAAACCAAGCCAGGUUAUCAAGGAACUUACUGAUGGAGGUGCAGAUUAUUGUUUUGAGUGUAUAGGCUCAGCUGCUGUUAUGCAAGACGCUGUUGAGAGCUCUAGAGAGGGAUGGGGAAGGACAGUAAUACUCGGAGUUGAGCCACGAGGAAUCCCCUUGAGUUUGGAUUGCUUGGACAUUUUGAAAGGAAAAACUGUUGUUGGAUCUUUAUUUGGGGGGAUCAAACCUAAAUUGGAUAUACCUGCACUCGUCCAAAAGUGUAUGAAUGAGGAACUAAACCUUGAUGGGUUCAUUACUCAUGAAGUUAGCUUUCAUGACAUCAACAAAGCAUUCGACUAUCUCAUCCAAGGCCAGAGUCUUCGCUGCAUUAUAUGGAUGGACAAGUAGAUGGACCAUGCAUCACUAAACUUUCUACUAUAUUCGUUGCACCAUGUUUCUUUUUACUUUGUGUUUAAUCCCAUUAAUUGUAUUUAAUUAAUUUGAGUAAUGUAACAAUUAAGUAGCAUAACUAAUUUUUACAUUUUUUUCAUGAAAUAACUCUGAGUUUUGAAGUAAUUCACCAA